AGGUUUGUUAAAUAAGCUUUGGCCAGCCUCACGCUGCUGCUGUUUGUUGUGCAUUCCAAAGGAUGGAUACUUGAUGUUCAUAGGAGAGGAUGUGUGAGUGUGCACAGACUGUGAAUGUCUGCAUGUGUGUCAGUGUGUGUGUUUGCAUUCAGUGAACCUCUGAACUUUCCCGUGCUGGUCGGACAUGCAUCCCGCUGGACCUUACUCAACCAGAGUAUUUGGGUUUGUGUGUGUGCCUGCACCUGAGGGUUGGAGGGCUUUUUAUUGACUUGAUCAACAAGUUCCAUGAGUGGCUGUGUUACUGAUUACAGGUGAUGUUAUAGUUUGCUUGUGAUAAGACUCUUGCUUUGAGCACAAAGUCCUGCCAGGUACUUCAGCUACUUCAUCACAUUCUUACCAUCCUUCGUAGGACCACUGCUGCCUCUCAGGUCCUUUGGUGGUGUGUUUUCUGCUUCCUUGCAACUGACGAGUGUGUUAUAGCAUCAUGAGUGUAGAGUCCAAAAAAACACGUGAGGCCUGCUGCUCCAAGCUCAAGCUCUUCCUGGCCUCUAUGUCGUUUGUAUUCUUUGCCAAAGCCUUUGGUGGAGCCUAUAUGAAGAGCUCCAUCACACAGAUUGAGAGGCGCUUUGAUAUCCCCAGCUCCCUCAUUGGGGUUAUAGAUGGCAGCUUCGAAAUGGGUAAUCUGUUGGUAAUAGCCUUUGUGAGCUACUUUGGCGCUAAGCUCCAUCGUCCCAGGCUGAUUGCUAUUGGCUGUUUGGUCAUGUCUGUUGGAUCUUUCCUCAUAGCCCUGCCUCACUUCCUUCAGGGGCCGUAUAUAUAUGAGACCAGUGUGUCUCACAGUACAGAUGUCAACAACACUGAGAGCGCCCUGCCCUGUAACUCUAACCACAGUCUGACUGAUGCAGAUGAUACUCCUGAUUUAAAGACCAGAACAGCUUGUGAAAAGGCAGCUGGCUCGUCUCUGUGGAUCUAUAUAUUUGUGGGAAACAUGCUGCGUGGAAUUGGAGAGACUCCCAUCAUGCCUCUGGGUGUGUCCUACCUGGAUGACUUCUCAAGUGAAGAGAACUCUCCUUUCUAUUUGGCCUGCAUCCAAACAGUGGGAAUCUUAGGACCUAUGUUUGGAUUCAUGCUUGGGUCCUUCCUUGCCAAGAUCUACGUGGACAUUGGAUUUGUGGAUUUAGACAGCAUCACCAUCAACUAUAAAGAUUCACGCUGGGUGGGUGCCUGGUGGCUGGGCUUCAUAACAACUGGCACCCUGAUCCUGCUGUCCAGUAUCCCAUUCUGGUUUCUGCCUAAGUCUUUGCCCAAACAAGGGCAAGAGGAGAGCCAGAGUAAAAGCACAGAGCUCGCCACAGUGGCAGAACAGGAGAAUUUCCUGCCAGAGGAAAACCAAGAUCAUGAAGAAAAGGAGAAGCAAGUUACAUUCCAGGAGCUGGCUAAAGAUUUUAUUCCAUCUAUAAGAAGACUCUUCAGGAACAGCAUCUACUCGCUGAUGAUCCUAACCCACGUGGUGCUUGUCAACGGCUUCAUCGGCAUGAUCACCUUCAAGCCAAAGUUCUUGGAGCAAAUUUACGGCCAAUCAGCCUCCAAGGCCAUUUUUCUCAUAGGUAUACUGAACCUGCCAGCAGUAGCUUUGGGCAUCAUCACUGGAGGUUUCAUACUGAAACGUUUCAAGCUGGGUGUCAUUGGAGCAGCCAGGGUGGCAAUCACUGCCUCCAUUGGGUCACUUUGUCUGCUUGCUGUUCAGAUCUUCCUCCACUGUGACAAUGCAGAAGUGGGAGGCCUUACUGUCUCGUAUCAGGGGGUUCCUCAAGUGUCCUACAACCAACAGACUUUGCUGUCACAGUGCAACAUGGGCUGCUCCUGCUCAUUGAAACAUUGGGACCCAGUAUGCGCCUACAACGGAAUGACUUAUGCGUCACCAUGCCUGGCUGGCUGUCAGUCCUCCACUGGCACUGGCAAGGAAAUGGUGUUUCAUAACUGUACCUGCAUUGAGGAGAUGAUGACUCCAGGCAUGAACAGGUCCGCAGUGCUGGGCCAGUGCCCCAGGAAAAGCAGCUGUGAUUCCAUAUUCAAAAUCUACAUGGCUUUGUCCGCACUGGGGUCCUUUAUUUCAGCCUGUGGGGGUACACCGGGAUACAUCGUCCUGCUUAGGUCCCUACAGCCAGACCUGAAGGCAUUGGCUCUGGGUAUGCAAUCACUGAUUGUAAGGACUCUGGGUGGAAUACCUCCUCCAAUAUAUUUCGGAGCACUGAUUGACCGGACCUGUUUGAAGUGGGGUAGCAAGCAGUGUGGAGGCCGUGGAGCAUGUAGACUCUAUGAUGCUUAUGCAUUUAGACUCACAUUCCUGGGACUGAUUAUUGGAAUUUACUUCAUGACCAACUUACUGUGGGGAGUCGUCUAUUCCAGAGUUGUCAAGAGACAGAAGAAGUUAGCACUGAGGAAUCAGGCCAAAGAAAAUGCACUGGAGGGUAACAGCAAUGGACACGCCAACAUCAAUAUUGGCACGAGCAAAGACGAUGCAGACAAGGAGAGCACUAUUUAAGGUUUAAGGUGCAUUAUAUAAUGCAAGUGAACAACACAAGUACUGGGCUUCAUCCACACUGGACCGAAUAUGGUACAGUACAGUGUCAGCGCUCUUUGGUCUUCGAGCAAUACUUUUCUUUUUGCUGUCUGUUCACGUCAAAGGUCAAAGAUCCUGACUAGAGCUUAGUUUGAAUAUGAACAACAAUUGAAUGACAUUAAAUGAUAUGCAAACCACGUCUAAACAAAACAAAAAAAACAUUUAAAUGUAGACAGUCAACAGUCAAAAAAACUUAAUGAGAACAUAUGCUGUGCUCCUGUGCACGUGUAUAAAACAUUUCAGCACGAUGUGAGAACAAGAUAUUUAACAUAUUUGGAGAACACUGUCCACCAUUUAUACUUGAAUAACUUUAGGUCAGGUCAUGAUAGUAAUGUUUCAUUCUACAGCUUUACACUCAAAAUGAUUUAUGUGCAGUGACUUUUUGACAAACGUGUAUCCAUUACAUGUACAAUAUUAUAUGUACAGUGUAUAGUUUUUACUAGUUUAGGACAACUAAACACACUAACUUGUGGCCUAAGAUGUGGUAGGAUAAUUUAGUAAUAUGACAUAUUGUUCGUCAUCUGUGUUUUCAUUCAUGUAUUUCAGUGAUAGUGAGAGUUUGUGAGGUUAUUCAGCCAGUUCAUCGUGUUCAUUAAACACUACAGUAAUGAAGACAGUGAGGGUGGCAAUGAUGUUUAGUAAAAAAAAAGAAGUCAACAUAAAUGUAAAUCUUCCAGUAAAUGAGAACUAGGAAAUCCGAUAAGAUUCCUAAGGGAAUAUUUAGAAAGUAAAUACUGUGAUUUUGUGUAACUAUAGCUUGUUUAAUUAAAAUGGUCAUAGAUUUGACUUCCUAACUAGGUGUUUUUGUUGCAGGAAAGGCCCCAUUAGCGAAUUAUAAGACAGAUGGUACCGAGUGCAUGGUUACAUAGAAGAAGAAGUCAAAUGCGUUGCCUCAUUGGGAAUAAGUCUCAGAGUCGAUGUGUUUUGAAAGCAGCAUUUUUCUGAGAAGGAUUAAUAGUAGUUAACGUUGUGCCAUCGAGCACUCUACAUAUUCAUGCUAAUGCACAGCUCUUGUAGAUGGAGACCCAGGCACAAUGCCAUUUUUGUCAGGUGCAAGUCAGUCACUUUUUUUUGCCAGUUUGGAGCUUCAAACAAACCAGCUUGCUCUGAGGCUGAUGCAAAAGUAUGAGUAACUCUUGUGUCUGUAAGGUUGAUAUAUAUAACUACUGCCAGUAGCUGGUUAGCUUAGCUUAGCAAAAAGGCAACAGAAUCUGUUUACCAAAACCUCUAAAGGGCAAUGAGUCUAAUUUUUUCAUGCUAAAAAAAAAACUUUAAUUCAACAGGUUAACCUUUAUUCUGACUGCAUUGUACCAAAGCAACAUUUGACAUGUCUGGAUAUCUCCCAUGGUUGACAUUGCACACACUUGUUGUUACAUCACAUCAUUUUACAUAAAUCCCAAAGGUCAUAGUGUUCAUGUAAUCCUCUGACUCACCUCUGUUUGUCUUGAAAAGUUCAUUAUAGUUUGGACAGUGGACUAAGGGUGAGUGGGGUUUAAGUCAAACUUUGAUUGUAUUGUUUUACUCUGUUAUACACUGUAGUUGUUGAUUAAAAUGUAUCACCUA